AUGUGGGGUCUUCGCCGCCACGCCACUGCGCCAAGUCUGCGCCGGUCGUCGAGCCUGUGGCACCAGAGCUUCUCGCGCCGGGCGCCAUACCGGCCGCAGAACCUCGGUCUCCUCCAGUACAUUUCGUUCUACCAGUACACGAAGCUCGAGGCCAGCGGUCUGCCCAAGCUGCGCCACCAGCUCCUUGCCGACUGGCAACGCUUUGGCGUCAUGGGCCGCGUGUACAUCGCCGAAGAAGGCAUCAACGCUCAGAUCACGGUGCCGAUGACGCGCCUCGACGACUUCAAGGCGUACCUCGACACGCUCGAUUGGCUCGACGAUGCGCUUCUCAACCUCGGCGCGGUGCUCGACCACAACGACGCGACGCCCGAAGGCAAGUGCCCAUUCCACACGCUCCACGUCCGUGUGCGUCCGCACUUGGCCCACGACGGUCUUGACAAGAGUCUAUCCAUGGACGACCGCGGCAUCGAGCUGUCGCCAGCGGAUUGGCACGAGGCGCUUUCGUCGCCAACGCACAAGCGGAUUUUUGACUGCCGCAACUACUACGAGCACGAUGUCGGCCGGUUCGAAGGCGCCGAGCGCAUCAUGGUCGACACGUUCAAGGACACGUGGGCGUCGCUCGAUGCGCUCCUCGACGGGUCCCCCAAGGACACCGAGUGCAUGAUCUACUGCACCGGCGGCAUCCGCUGCGAAAAGGUCGGCGCGUACCUCAAGACGAACGGGUACACCAACGUGAAGCGGCUGCAAGGUGGCAUUGUCCACUACGGCAAGUUCGUCCGCGAACACAACUUGUCGUCGAAGUUUCUCGGGCGCAACUUUGUAUUUGACCAGCGCCUCUCGAACGACGACCAAGCCUUGUCCGACGAUGUGCUUGGGCAGUGUUAUCAGUGCGGCGCGCCCACCAACACGCACGUCAACUGCGCCAACACGCUCUGCCACGGCCUCGUGCUCCAGUGCGACGCCUGCCACGCCGCGUUCGACGGCGCGUGCACUUCCGAGUGCCAGCGCAUCAAGCACGAGAUGGACCACCACUUGGUGCCGAAUGCGCGCGUGCGUCCUGGCAACCCGUUCCACGCCCGGUCGUACUCGACGUACCACAUCUCGGAAGCGACAAUGAGCCCCGAGCUCAACGACUACGUCCACGAUGUGAGUCGCAUCCCUGCAUCGGACUCGCAGCUGUCAGCGUGGCGCGACGCGAUUGGCCGCGACUUUAGCGACGACCUCAUGCAAAAGAUGAUCUCGCCGGGCCAGGCCAAGGCGCUCCAGUUCCUUGUCCAGGCGCUGAGUGCGUCCAAGGUGCUGGAAGUUGGCUGCUUUACCGGCUACUCGGCCGUCGCGAUGGCGCUCGCACUGCCGCAUGGCCACGUCACGACGUGCGACAUUGACCCGAAAGCGAUUGCGUGGACGCGCGCGCAGCUUGCCACGUCAUCGAUUUCGAACGUGACGGUGCACGCGCAGCCGGGCCUCGACCUGCUCGCGGCGACGCAAGAGACGUUUGACUUUGCCUUCAUCGACGGGAGCAAGAAGGAUUACGUGGCAGUCUACGAAGCGCUCGUGGCAUCCGAUCGACUCCUCGCGCCCAAGAGCUGGAUCGUGUUUGACAACACGCUCUUUCGCGGCCAGGUCGUCGAGCACGCGUACGGCCGCGGAAAACCGAACGAGAAGACGGCGUCGCAGCUCAUGGAUUUCAACAAGCACGUGGCGAGCGAUGCGCGAACGCGCAGCGUCGUCCUCCCCAUGUACGACGGCCUCACGCUCGUGCAAAAGCUGUAA